ACAUACCGUUAGCGUUUAUCCCCAGACAUUGCUGAAGCUUCAGCUAGACCAUGGCAUAUUGUGCUUCCGCUUCGUUCAUGCUCGUACUGCUCCUGCAACUAUCGUCUUGCAGUGAGGCAUUGCCCGGCGGUCACCCCGUCAACCCGACCUGUCCUCCGGAGUGGCCACCAGCGGCGGCCACGUCCUCCGACUACGGCCAGCCGUCGUGCCAGCCGCCAGCGCCGCACAUCCCGGUGGCCGUGUUCCCCUACGACGUCGACCCGGUGCAGUUCGCGCUGAACCUGGAGUACACCGAGGCCGAGUUCUUCCUGCACGCGGCGUACGGCGUGGGGCUCGACGAGAUCGCGCCGAAGCUGGCGCUGGGCGGCCCGCCGCCGGUCGGCGCCAGGAAGGCCAACCUCGACCAGGUGACAUGGCGCAUCGUCGCCGAGUUUGGCCUCCAAGAAGUUGGCCACAUCAGGGCUAUCCAGCGCACGGUCGGCGGGAUUCCUCGGCCAUUGAUAGACCUCAGCGCCCACAACUUCGCUAGGAUCAUGGACGAGGCGUUUGGGUACCAUCUGAACCCUCCCUUCGACCCCUACAUCAACAGCCUCAACUUCCUGCUCGCCUCCUACGUGGUCCCCUACCUCGGCCUCAACGGCUACGUCGGCACCAACCCCAUCAUCGACGGCUACGAGACGAAGAAGCUUCUAGCUGGUCUGCUGGGGGUGGAGGCGCAGCAGGACGCGGUGUUCCGGGGGCUCCUCUUCGAGCGCCUCGGCGAGGUCGUGCCGCCGUACGGGAACAUCACGGUGGCCGAGUUCACGGACCGCGUGUCGGCGCUGCGCAACCGGCUGGGGCGGUGCGGGGUGAAGGACGAGGGGCUCACGGUGCCCCGCGAGCUCGGCGCCGAGGGCGCCAUCUGCACCAACGUGCUCUCCGCCGACAGGGACUCGCUCUCCUACGCCCGGACGCCCGCCGAGCUGCUCAGGAUCCUCUACCGCACCGGCGAUGAGCACAUGCCCGGCGGGUUCUACCCGGAGGGAGCCAACGGAAGGAUCGCCAGGUCGUUUCUUGGCAAAUAGUAAACCACACUCAUGUUGCUGACAAAGCUCUGAGCUGCCAGCCUUUUGGUAGCUUCUUGGUGCUUAUGAUUGACGAGUUAAUUUUAAUCUAAGUGGACUUGAGUGGUGUGCGAUUAAUUUGCGUUGGUGGUGGUGUAUAUGUGAAUUGUAAUUGAAGUUGAAGUUAUGUUGCACUA